GUGACACACAUGUAUCAAUCUCGAAAUUAAUUUAGUCAAACUAAAGUAUAUUUGUUAAUUUUUUUAAGCAAAAUGGAUAUAAGUGUGUUGGAAUGGAAAAAAGUGGAACUGUUCAAUACUAUCGCUUUACCAUUUGUUAAAAUUCCAAGCACGGCAGACAUAUCGUGCUACUGCUUUCACGAAUCCAAAUCAUGCACUGAAGAAAUAAAUAUUAAAUUAGUAGUUUGCGAUAAAAACGGAAAUAUACUUAUUUACCUUUCGAGUUGGGAAUGUAUCAGCUUUAAACCUUUAUCCAAGCGGAAUGCUAUAGCACUUUGUUCCCUUACCAGCAAUAACUGUCUUGCGACUGUCACACCGGAUAUCAAUAAUGGUAUUCACAUUGAUAUAUUUGAUCUAAAAAGAUUAACAAAAAAGCAAGGAGCUCCAAUAAUUGCAUAUGCAUAUACACAAGCGUCAAGUAAACCCUUAUGCAUUAACGCAGACGAUGCUGACGAUAAAUUGUUUGCGUUGGCCAUAGGAUUCGAGAAUGGUGACAUUCUAUUGCAUUAUGGAAAAAUUACAAAACAUUUUUCUGCAAAUAUUCGCCAACAUACUGUUUCUGGAUACGCAGUCAUUGGAAUACAUUUAGACAUUAAAACGCAACCUUUGGAUACCACUCAAAUAAUGUUUGUAACAUGUGUUCAAGGAGUUUAUUGUUUUAUGUUAAAAGAAAAAUGCAUAAUGGAUACCAAAUUUGUCCUUGAUAAUGAUAAAGGUAAUAUUAAUUACCGCAGUAGAAUGCGCCAGACGGGAAGCGGCGAUUUAAAUGAUUCGAUGUUGGUAGUGGGACGGGCAGAUGCUGUUUAUUGCUACACCCCUGAGGGAAGGGGUCCUUGUUUUGCUAUCGAAGGAGCAAAGGAAUGUCUGGCUUGGGUAGGCCAUUAUCUCAUCAUAGGCGCCAAAAAUUCAAACUUAAAGCAAAGCAAAACGACACUAAUUGUUGUUGACACAGAAAACAAAAUAAUAGUUUUUCAAAAGCAAUUUCAAGAAUUUUUGUAUGUACUAAGCGAAACCGAUUUUUGUUACAUUGUUACCCCUUCUCGUGAAGUAAAUUCUUGCAACAUGUUAUUGUUACAACAAAACAGCAUAGAUAAUAAUAUACACCUCUUAGUUGAAAAAAAUAUGUACGAUAUUGCAUUGAGAUUGUUGCAUCGAGAAGGCAUUACCUCAUCGUCAGAAACUGCUUUAGUACGCUUUCAUUAUGGAAAUCAUUUACUACAAAAGGGCGACAUCACUAGAGCUACUCAAGAAUUUAUUAAAACUAUUGGUUUCAUUAAACCGCAUGCUGUCAUUUCGAAACUUUUGUAUUCUAGAUACAAUAGUUAUUUACUAAAUUACUUAUCUGAAUGGAAAAAAAAAAAUACGUCUUCAAGCUGCCAUACAAGACUCAGUGAAUGCUGUUUUAAACGUGAACAAAUUAAGCAUGAAAUGCAUCGAGAUGAUCCCCAGAACUAUAAAAGCCCCCCAGAUAUAAAAUAUCUUUCAACCUUAUUGAAAAUGUAUUUCGAAUGUACUCUUUCAGAUCAGACCCCAGUUGAAGAAGAACAUAUAUUACAACAAUUGUUAGAAUAUGGACCAGCAACUCUAGCAGUUGAUCCCACUACCUAUUUAAAUAAUAUAACAUUAAAAAAUGUUGAAGAACCAAAAAAUAUUCUUUCUUUUUGUUCCAUUUUGGCAGAUAAUAACGAUUAUUGCGCUAAAUUGUUAGCCAAGAUAGUAGAAGCCUUUCCUGCCUGUGACGAAAAAUUAUUGUUUUAUUUGCUGGUCUCAUAUCUCACACUAUGGCAUGGAGAAAAAGUUAGUGCAAGUUUUGUCUCAGAUUUCAUAAAGACAAAGUGCUUGCGAUUGGACAAAACUUUGAUUAUAUGUAGACUUUAUACAUUUUUAAAUGCUUUUCAAAGAAUCCAAUGCGAUAUAAAAAAUACAGGCACAUUGCAUAACGAAACAAUAAAUAAAAGUAUUUAUAACUUAAUGAAAAGUAAUUCAGAUUUUGCUUUAAAUACAAAUCUAAGUAAAAGAUCAUUUCUUAUGAUGUUAAAAAGUUCUUGCUCUAAUGAAGAAAUAAGAUCAUUACAGAUAAAACCAAUAUUUAGGGACCAAUUAAUGCGAAGUAUAGUUGAUUCGGCGAAUGAAUUACAGUUAGUUGAAAAUUACAACGAUAAGAUUAAGAGAUCGAAAUCCAUGCUGUCUCUCUAUACAAACAAUCCAAUAGAGUUUCGUAAUGAUAAAUGUGACAUCUGUCAUGAAAUCUUAACUUUGCAGUCCAUUUAUUUUCUUUGUCAACAUUCCUUUCAUAAAGACUGCCUAAAUUACGAAUCGACAAAACGUCAAGAAAAAAUAUUAUGUAUUAUUUGUAAAACCAGAAAUUUAAUAAGUCCAAAAAAUUCGUCCAUAUUAUGCCAUGAUUCUUCACAUAUUAUUGCAGUAAUAGCUAAAAUUGUUUCUAUAGGAAAUAAGCUAGGAACUAAAAGUAUGAGAAAACAAUUAAAAGACGAAGCGGAUUCAAUUGACGACAGAGGAUGUCAUGAAAAAAGCGAUUACGUUACAUCAUCUAACCCUUUUAAUUAAAAUAUGAUUUAAAAAAAACCUAUAUUUGGAAUUAUUUAGUUUAUUUUGUAUGUACGUAUCAUACGUUAUAAUAAAUUAAUGUACAUAAACCGAUAAAUUUUAUGGCGCUGCCGACUGCACACAUUCUAUUUUAAAUCUCAGGUCUUUUUCAGAAAUAAAAAAAACACUUUCGAAAACAA